UGGUUCCUUUUGUUUGAGGAAAAGUAAAUUUCCUGGUUAAUUUAAUUUCCUUUUUCAGUUAAUUGCAGUUGAUUGUCUUUUUACAAUUUUCAUUUAAUGUUGAUUAACUUACACUCGAUUUACUGAUGGUGAUUAAUUUGGAUUAAUCAUGACUUUUCUUAAGUUUUACACCAUAAUUGGUUACAAUUUACCUGGACAUCUUCAUUUAAAUACACAAUUAGAGUCAAAUUAGUUUGAUCGCAAAAAUGGGUCGCGAUGUUGGACCGUUAAUCGGAUCAAUUGAUUGUGGUACUUCUAGUGCUCGUUUUAUGGUUUACAGUGCUACAUCCGGAGAGUUAAUUGCUCAUCAUCAAUUAAACACGAAACCAAUUUAUCCUAAACAAGAAUGGGUUGAACAAGAUUGUUUCCAUAUUCUGAAAAUUGUCAACGAUUCCAUUGAGAAAACAAUAGAAGAAUUGAAAAGAUUGAAUAUUGAUCCAAGUUCAAUUAAAGGUAUUGGAAUCACCAAUCAACGGGAAUCGACAAUAGCCUGGGAUCGGGAAACUGGUCAACCUUUUCAUAAUGCGAUCAUUUGGUCUGAUGGAAGGACCCGUCAAAUUGUCGACGAUUUUCUCGAUCAAACUCCUAAUCGUGAUUUCAAUUUCUACAAGGAAUUAACUGGAUUACCGAUCUCGACAUAUUUCACCGCUUUCAAAGUAAAAUGGCUUCUUGAAAAUGUACCCUCGGUAAAAGAAGCCUUAGAAAAUGGUCGAUUACUCAUUGGAACAAUUGAUUCAUGGCUACUCUGGAAUCUCUGUGGUGUCCAUUCAACUGAUGUUACUAAUGCGAGUCGAACUUUCCUUAUGAACAUUGAGACACUUGAGUGGGAUCAUUAUCUUUGCGAAAAAGUAUUCAAGAUUCCGGUAUCAAUUUUACCUAAAAUACAAUCAUCGGCAUCACACUUUGGUUUAAUCAAAUCUGGUUCUUUACAAGGGAUUCCUGUCACUGGUGUUAUUGGUGAUCAGCAUUCAGCUUUAGUGGGUCACCAAUGUCUCUCUCCUGGUCAGAUUAAAAGUACUUAUGGAACUGGAUGUUUCAUUUUACAAAAUUUAGGCUCACUUUCGGUGAAAAAAGUUCUGAGCGGAGUUUCAGCUGAAGCUAGAAAGUCACUAAUAUUAACGGUGGCCUACAAAAUUGAUGGAAAACCCGCUGUUUAUGCAUUGGAAGGCAGUAUUGCUGUGGUUGGUGCCUCAAUGGUUUGGCUUCGGGACAAUAUUGGUUUAAUUAAUGAUUUCAAUGAAAUCGAAAGUUUAGCAAAUCAAGUUGAAGAUUCUGGUGGAGUUUAUUUUGUACCCGCUUUUCAAGGUCUAUUUGCACCUUACUGGGAUCUUAAUGCAAGCGGUUUGUUCAUUGGCUCUCAAUUUACUCAAAAAUCUCACUUGGUACGAGCGAUGUUGGAAAGUGUCGCUUUCCAAACGACCGAUAUUUUAGCUCUAAUGAAACCUCCGCGUUCAGGAUUAAAGGUUGACGGAGGAAUGGCCGCAAAUGAUACUUUGUGCCAAAUAAUUUCUGAUCUCAAUAAUGUUAAAGUUGUGAGACCUGCAAAAAUUGAAGCGACCGCAUUAGGAUGCGCCAUGAUUUCAGGCCACACUCUUGGUCUUUGGGACUUUGAAAAGGAACACUUCAAGUAGAAUACACUUGAUAAUAUGAAUAAUGUCAAUGGGUCACCAUUAAUUUCGAAUCUAAAUGAUCAACAAAUCAAAUCCGAACCAAAAUUUAGAGAUCGAAAUUAUUCCCUAACAAGAUCUUCUAUUGACGAUUCAAUGCUAUAUCCCAAUUCAUCCAUUUUCAAACCCAAGAUCGAUCUGCAAGUCCGUCACAAAAUGCUGAACACAUGGCACAAAGCUGUUGUAAGGUCAAUGGGAUGGACACAAAACAAAAGUCCAAAGAUUAAGCGAUUGGAUUAUCUCAAGAAAUCAAGUUUACCAGUCAGUCUUUUCAUCAUCUCUUCAAUGGCGAUGCUGCUUUUGGGUAGAUAUGUCAUCAGAUCAGCGUAAUCAACUAAUUGCUCAAACCUCUAAAAAUUGUAUUCUAAUAAUACUUAACGAAUUGUAAACUCAAAUUGUCAAACAAUUUGAUCAAUCAACUACAUUAGUUAUCCCAAUCAACCAUUUGCAUUUGUAAAAUUUUCCCAAUUAGCAAUAAUGAUAUUUGUUUGUUUUUUGUUACUUAAUUGUAUUUUUUUUGAUUGUAAAGUUGCAAUGUAACUAAAAUAAACUAUCAUUAAAGUAAAUUUUCAAACAAUUAA